CAUCCGGAUAACAGAGACAAACUUGGCUGCCAGCGGAUGAACUGGUUGGGUCUUUGUUCUUCACAGCCAGACUAUCAACUGUUUUAUAUAUUUGCGCAUCUUCACUUAUAUGCCUCAAAUCUAUAUAAAUAUUAUAUAAAAUACUCUUUACCUGAGCUCAUAGCUUCAGUACAGGCGUAUACUUUUUUGUGCUAGCAUUCUUCUCCCCACUGACAAGGUUUCAUUGGACCAAGAUAGGCGGCGCGGGCACCAAGAUGUCGAACCGGAUGGUGUGCAGAGAAGCGAGCCACGCCGGCAGCUGGUACACCGCCUCAGGAUCCCAACUUAACUCACAACUUGAGGGCUGGUUAUCUCAAGCACAAUCUACAGCGGGUCCAGCUAGAGCCAUAAUAGCACCGCAUGCUGGCUACACUUACUGUGGUGCAUGCGCCGCUCAUGCUUACAAGCAGGUGGACCCCUCUAUAACUCGGAGGGUGUUUAUUCUCGGUCCCUCUCACCAUGUGCCACUGUCCCGCUGUGCCCUCUCCCCCGCCGAGGUCUACAGAACGCCACUGUACGACCUGAGGAUCGACCAGAAGGUUUAUGCUGAUCUGUGGAAAACGGGCAUGUUUGAGAGGAUGAGUCUGCAAACAGAUGAAGAUGAACACAGCAUUGAGAUGCACCUGCCUUACACUGCUAAAGCCAUGGAGAGCCAUAAAGAUGAUUUCAGCAUCGUCCCUGUGCUAGUGGGAGCUUUGAGUGAGUCUAAAGAGCAGGAAUACGGCAAGCUGCUAAGCAAAUACCUGGCUGACCCUUCCAAUCUCUUCAUUAUCUCCUCUGACUUCUGCCACUGGGGUCAACGUUUUCGUUACACCUACUACGAUGAAGGUCAAGGAGAAAUUUACAGAUCUAUCGAGCACCUUGACAAAAUGGGAAUGGGAAUUAUAGAACAGUUGGACCCCAUCUCCUUUAGCAAUUAUUUGAAGAAAUAUCAUAAUACUAUUUGUGGUCGCCAUCCCAUCGGUGUUCUUCUAAAUGCUGUGGCGGAACUGAAAAAGAGUGGCGUAGACAUGAACCUCUCUUUUCUAAACUAUGCACAGUCGAGCCAGUGCCGAAACUGGUCGGACAGCUCAGUGAGUUACGCUGCUGGUGCGCUCGUCGUUCAUUGAGGUGAACUCUCCCGGAAACCAUGGAAGCCUCAUAGAAGAACCCAGAAUCCUGCCCCACCACUCUGCCCCGUUCUUGAACGUAUAUUCUCAAACCCAUCUCACUAACUCACUGCCUUGUUGCUUGAAGCUUGUUGCUGCUGGGAUCCUCAUAUAUACCUUGAGUCCAGAUGUAACAAGUUACUAACCUCUUCUACCUUUCCCUGUACCCUAUUUUUCCACGUGAGGCAACAUGGAUUAUGCUAUAGAUUGAAGUGCAGUCAGUUUUUGGGUGUUGCAAGGUCAGAUUUUUGGUUGUGUUUGCUUUGUUAUGUGGCGGUCUUAAUGAGGCAUUAGAAUAUGCUCUUGACCCUCCAAGGAUUUUAGGUGUCCAGCGAGCCCUUGUAUAAUUUAAAAGAAAGACCUUACGAUUUACAAUGUUUGAAUAAAAGUAAAAAAAACAUACAUAAUGAUAUUGCACUCUUUAUGCAAGUCUGCAUAUAUAAUCUACAUUAAACGUUUCACGCCGAAUGAUAAAGUAAUGAGAAAAAUUUAUUUAGUGACAGACUGCAACAUGCUAUGUCCAUGUGCACCUUGAGAAUUGUAGUAAUAGCUACUGCAUUGGUCCUUCAUAAGCCUACUGUUAUUAACAAAAGGGCUACACAAUACCCACUAACCCACCACUGUACCAGAUAUACCAAAAAAUAUAUAUUUUUGUUCUUUUGUUAAGCUUAUCUUUUAUUGUAGUCAAAUUAAAGUAUUUUCUCUGAUUCUUAGAUUUUGUUCUGUUUCAUUUUUCCCUUUAUUGUUACCGCUAUUUUCGUAUUUUUUUGUAUACUGUUAAAUGCUGUUAUUUAACCUUUAAAUUAUCUUUAUUAUGCUUUUGUUUGACAUAUAAUCACAAACUGUGUGGAAGCAUAACAGUGUAUACAGUGUCCUGAAAGUGCAAUACAAGUUAAAGGGAUAGUUCACCCAAAAAUGAAAAUGUUCUCAUCAUUUUCUCGCUCUCAUGCCAUCCCAGAUGUGAAGGAGUUUCUUUUUUCUGCUGAACACAAA